UGACGAUAAAGAUGGGUCACAACUGCAUGCUCUUGAUGGUGGUAGCAAUACCAAAAAGAAUAUUGUUGGCAAGGUUGAAAAUGCUUCACCACCCAAAAAAAUUGAAGACUGUGAUGAUUAUCUCCAUGCGGAUGACAAACGCCUAUUAAAAAAUGUUGACGGUCCAAGUUCUGCGAAAAAUUGCAUCGAACAAUUGACAAGCAGAUCUACGACAGAAAAAAAGCAAAUGGCAUCGAUCGAUGUAGUCAUUAACAUAUUGAAACAACAUGCAUUCAAAUCGCACAUACUAUCAGAUAAAUAUCUUGAGGGAUGCUCCGAAACAUCAUUGAUAGGUAAAUACUGGGGAAUGGUCUUUGAGGCCUACUUCUCAUACCAUCAAGAUAUCCAGUUACAGUGGGGCGACACGAGUUCAAGCAUCCAGCAAGUACGGCAUCUUUUCAACCUUGAUCUCCGGGUUUUGGCGACUAAUUACACCACUCACAUCGAAGCAGCAACUGGCGAAGUUGUCAAGGUUGCAGCUGUGACAAUAUCCAAGAUCGACUUGAAUCCGUACUUGUAUCAAAAGCGCACCUGAACUCUAUCCUGAAGAAAAUGCCGAACAUAACAGAGAAAAUGGUCAAAAGUAUUCAAGUACCGAUAAUUCAGGCAUUGGGUACCACUUGCUUUGUAUACUCAAUGACUUUGAUU